GAGAAAAUUGUUGAAGAAAUUAUGAAGAGAUUGCAAGAUAUUUCUCCUAAAAAGGAUCUGGCUUGCAGGUUUCUUUCGGUGUUUUUCGUAGUUUUGGAGGCAAUAUCAGUGGUCUUGGAUCUAUAUGGGAAAAGCAAAAAGAAUUUUCUUCUUGCUGCAUUUCUCUUGUCAGCUUUUGGAUUUGUUAUAACCAUACAUGCUUUUAUCACGAAAAGAACCACUGCAGCAUUUAAACAAAAAGCUGAGAGGGAACUUGCGUGGGUGGAGGUUAUCUUCUCUGUGUUACAAUUAGUUAUUGUAUUCAUUCAAUAUAUUCUAGCAGUUGCAAGAGUGAAGAACAGUUUUGAUCCAUCGCUUUUCCCGCUAGUCUUUGCCUUACUUCUUCUUGUGUUUGCAUUCAAGAAGGGGAAAACAGUUAAUAAGCAUGAUCUAAUUAGGCAUAACCGGGAAGGGAACUCCUCAAGGGUAUGAGGCAAAUGUACUUCUACAACCAGUCUGAACUUGUCAACAGCCAAGUGGAAGUGAAAGGCGUAAGGAGGAGCCACAACAUAAGAGAUUUAGGAAAGUCAAGUUCUUUUAAAGCCAAAGACUACUUUGUUUCGGGUCAUGUCAAAACAGAAUCUAUGUUUGUGUUUGUGUUAACGUACCUAUAGAUAUACUUCUGCUCAGUAAGUAUUAAUGUUUUUUAAAGUUUCAGAUUUGAAACUUUUAAUUUUUAUUCGUUAUCCCAAUUGUUAGAAUAUGUAAUAAAAGGA